GAAGUUACCAAUGAGCAAAGUCCACCUGGUUUGAGUAACAGCACUGAUGAAGAGAGACAGGGUGGUGAUGGCCUUGCAUCUGAGGAUAGCGACUCAGAAAAUGCCUCAGAUAACAGUAAGAGGAGGAAAUUAGGACCUGCUUUAUUCUCAAUUCAUUUACAAGAAAGGCACAUGUUAACUAGGAGUGCAGUCGAAUUUGUGGAAGAGACAACAACAUCGCUAAUACGAGGGAGCCUUUUACAUGUGCGGGGAGAGGUUUUAAACAUCCUUCAAAGAAGUGGUUUAGACAUAGACAAUCAAGUGCCCAUAAUAGAAGAGAUAUUUGAUAGAGAAAUGAAUCCAUUUGAAGGAAUCGAUUCUUUCUGGCUGAAAGAGCAGUUUAUUAAAAAGAAUUUCCCCUAUGUGGUGAGUAUUAAUAUUAUUGUAUUUACUUCAUGACCUUAGAAUGUAGAUUUUCAUUUGACCUUAAUUCAACAAUAGUAUUUCAUUGCAGAGUAAAACUCUCACUGCCAUAUAAAAACAGUUUAGGUAAAAGUCUCUUAAAUUUUGACUUUGUUAUAUAAUAUUAUUAUUGCCCAACUUAGAGGGUAAUAAUUUUUAUUUAUAUUCUGUAUUGCCUGCCAUUAAAUCCAAGAGUUUGUUCUCAUUUUUUAGAAUCCUCGUGAGAAAGUCAUUGGUGAGAAAUGGAUAUUCAAAGGACAUGGCAAUAAGAGAAGAAUGCUCAAAGUAACCAGAAAAUUUUAUUACAUCCCACUUCUGGAGACCAUCCAAGAAUUUCUCAGAAACAGUGAAUUGCGCAGAGAAAUUUUAAAAGUAAAAGUGUUGUAUAAUGAUGAUGGAGUUUAUUCUUCCUUCUUAGAUGGAGCUUUGGCUGAGACACAUCCAAUUUUUUCCCAAGAUCCAAAUGCAUUGCAAAUUAUACUUUAUUAUGAUGAUAUCAGUUUGACAGCCUCUAGGGCUAAAAGAAAUAAGCUUGGCAUGUUUUAUUUUACUUUAGGAAACUUUAAUGCCACCUUCAGAUCUAGGGUUGAUGCGAUAUCUUUGUUAGCUGUAGCUCAAUAUGAAGAUAUUCGUAGUUAUGGAGUUGACAGAGUGCUGGCACUUCUGUGUGAAGAACUUAACCAACUCUCUCAACCAACAGGCUUUGCCUUCAGUUUAGAUGGAUUUUACCUUCCCUUGAGAGGAGCAGUUGUUGCAGUAGCUGCAGACACCCCAGCAAGCAAUUACUUGGGUGGAUAUAAAGAGGGUGUAGGAGGUGCCCUGAGAAAAUGUCGACACUGUAAUACUGACUACGAAACAAUGCAGAGCCACUUUGAGGAAGAGGAUUUUCUUCCAAGAACCUUGCAACAACAUCAUCUUCAAUGUCAUGUCAUAGAUCAGUCGGAAAACUUGGGAGAUCACCACAGCACAAACUAUGGUGUAACUAGAAGGAGUAGCCUUUGCGACUUUCCUUUUUUUAAUGUUAUACAGCAAAUGCCUCAAGACAUUAUGCACAUCAUUUUUGAAGGAGCAAUACCUUACGUUAUUGGACAUUUACUUAGAUAUUACAUAAACAAUGAUAAAGCAUUUACCCUUGCACAAUUCAACAGUCGUUUGUGUGGCUUUAACUAUGGUUACUCACAAAUGGCAGACAGACUCCAGCCAAUCUCUAAAGACAUGCUACAAGCUGAUUGGGGUGAUGAAAGGGGAUUAUCAGGAUUUGGACAGCAAGCAGCAAAAAACUGGUUAUUUCUGCGAGUUUUUCCCUUCAUUGUUGGAGACUGGGUUAACAUGGAAAGUGAGCAAUGGGCAGUGUUGGAGAAACUACUUGCAAUAUGUAGCAUACUUGUUUCACCAGUAAUUCAUGUUGAAACUGUUGCAUACUUAAAGACAUUAAUCAAAGAUUUUCUGUCUGGAUUCAAACAAACUUUUGAUGGAGUUAUUAUACCAAAGUUACAUUAUCUGGUUCAUUGUCCCAGACUGAUAUUAACUUUAGGCCCUCUUGUUAACUACUGGUGCAUGCGCUUUGAAAGUAAGCAUCAAUACUUUAAAAAGAAAAGCAGGAAAUGUAGUUAUAAAAACAUCUGUCUUUCAUUGGCAAAAGGCCACCAGAGAAGAUUCUCUUCAUUCCUAAUUUCUACAGAGGAGUGCAGUUUUCUCUUCAAGGACUCUAAUGGGAAGACAGAGCAUCUAAGUGGAAGGGAUUUCGAAAAUGCUAAGAGGGUAAUAUCUAAUUUUCUCGAGUGGGAGGAUUCUCUUAUAACAAAUGUGUACACUACAUCAUGGAUCAGUGUCCAUGGUACAAAAUACAUUCCAAAUAAGUGCAUUCUUUUAAUCAGAUCUGAAAAUGAAACACCCAUUUUUGGGAUGUUAAGGUUAAUUUGGGUAGUUAAUUUUCAAACUCUUCUUUUCAGAGUUUCAAUGCUUGAAACAGUGGAUUUCAAUGAACACCUCAAUGCAUACAGAGUACAAGAACCAGUGUUAGCAGCUGGUUUGGAUCUCGUUGUGCAAGACCAGUUAUUGUCACAUGAGGUUUUGCACAUUUACAACUUUGAUGGUGAUCAAUACAUAUCACCCAAAACUUACUUAAGUGACAUUUUGAAAUGA